AUGCUAGAAGAAAAGGUCAUGUGCUCUGGAAGUUUUUCUUUAGUUGUUAUUAGAAUGAAUAUAGCUAUCCUCAUUUCAAAUCCAUAUUUAUCAUUUUCAGAUUCAAAUAUUUUUAAACAAAUAUUUCAAACUCCAAAAUUAAUUAUACCAACAAUAUUUGCUUUUAUUACACGAGGGCCCAUGGCAAAAGGUGGUAAUAG